CAGAGACAACUCCGCUUUUACGAGCUGAGGAUAUAAGUCCGCUGGACGCAGGCAUUUGCCAAGGCUCAGAACGAAGCAACCAAGUACACGCAUCGGAAUACACUCAACUCAGUAUCAACUUACAGUCUCAACCCUCCUGUCUCUCCUAGCAGCCAUGGCCCCCAUCAAAGUCGGCAUCGUCGGCUACGGCUUCGCAACCAAAUGCUUCCACCUGCCCUACAUCCUGCCGAACCCGGAGCUCGAGGUGUACGCCUUCCUGCAGCGCGCCGCCGCGCCCACGCCGGGCAGCAACGAACAGACGCCGCGCUGGGGCCACUGCACCGUCGACUUCCCGCAGGCCAAGCACUACCGGACCGCGGACGAGUUCUUCGCCGACGAGCAAAUCGAGCUGGUCAUCGUGCUCACCUCGCGCGCGCACGGCGAGUUCGCGGAGAGGGCGCUGCGGGCGGGGAAGCAUGUGGUCGUCGAGAAGCCGUUUGUGGAGACCAGCGCCGAGGCGGACAGGCUUAUUGCCUUGGCCAAGGAGAAGGGCAGGAUUUUGACCGUCUUUCAGAACCGCAGAUUUGACAGCGACUUCCGCACUCUGCAUCAUCUCGUGAGCCAGGGCGCUUUGGGAGACGUGCUGGAGGCAGAGCUUCACUACGACUACCCCGAACCCUCUUGGAUUGCGGGAUGGACGCAGAAGGAGUACAUCGCGGGCGAGGGGAUGACAUUUGGCCUUGGUACACACACGCUGGACCAGGCCUUGUAUCUCUUCGGCCGUCCCGCGUCGGUGACGGCGUUUCUGCGCUCAAACCGGGGCGUUGACAGCGAGAUCGACGACACGUUUACCAUCAUCCUGCAAUAUUCCGGCAAACAGAAGAACCUGCUGGUGACGGUCAAGACCGCCAUUGUCACGCACAUGAAGGAUCAACUGAAGUACUUUGUCCGCGGCACGCAGGGUACUUAUCUCAAGGUAAGGGUUCAGCUUAUCUCGCCAUGGGAACCGUAUUGACAUGGUGUAAUUAGUUUGGGACAUGCCCUCAAGAAAGCCAGGCCCUCGCGGCGCCAGGACAGCCAGCACUCAGCGCAGACUGGGGCGUGGAAGAUGAGCAGAUAUGGGGCACGCUGACCACGACGACCGAGUUUGACGCGACGUGCCAGAAGUUCGACGAGAAGAGCAAGAAGUACAUCGGCAAGUACCCCAG